UGCAUUCGCAGUGAAUUUGGGGGAUGCAGCUCACCGUGAAGAGAAGCAUGCACAUGCAGCAGACGCCGGACAGCCUUUUGUCUUUCAUUUUUCUGGUUUGUUUUCAUUUCUGUAAAUAAAAGCAACACCGCAGGUUAAUAGGCGGGGCUUCCUUCCGGCUGUUUAUCUCGGUGUGCGCAGCGCAAGGCGAUCCAGUGCAGCAUCAGAUAACAAGGUUUUGUCAUCACACACAGACCACACUAUGCUGGGCUGCUUCCUGGGAGGAGGCUGCGGUCCUCUGGUCUGCCUGUUUGCCCUUCUUCUGCCUCUGGUCUCCCUCAGUCACCUGAACCAACAUGGGCCCAGGAACCACGGUGUGAGGGACCGGCCCAAGCUGCUGCUCGUGUCCUUCGACGGCUUCCGCUGGGAUUACAUUGACCGGGUCCCGACGCCUAACUUCCGCCGCAUCAUUGAUGAGGGCGUGACGGUGGAGCACGUGGAGUGUGCUUACAUCACCAAAACAUUCCCCAACCACUACAGCUUGGUGACGGGGCUGUAUGCUGAGACGCAUGGCAUCGUGGCCAACGAGAUGUACGACCCCGCUCUGAACCGGUCCUUCUCCAUGGAGACGGACAGUAUUUACGAGUCACGGUGGUGGGAGGAGGCGGUGCCUCUCUGGGUGACCAUCCAGAAAGCUGGGGGGCGGAGCGGGGCGGCAAUGUGGCCAGGGUCUGAUGUGAAGAUCCACGGCAUGUUCCCCAAUAAGUACCUCCCGUACAAUGCCACCGUGUCCUUUGAAGCCAGAGUGGAGCGGAUCAUUGAGUGGUUCUCUGCACCCAAAGACGCAGCGGUGGAUUUUGGAGUUCUGUACUGGGAGGAGCCGGACGAGAGCGGACACAAACUGGGACCUCAGAGUUCCCUCAUGGACGCAGUCAUCACCGGAAUUGACGAGAAGCUCGGCUUCCUCACGAACGAGCUGAAGAAGGCGGGGCUGUAUGAGAAAGUGAACCUGAUAGUGACCAGUGACCACGGGAUGGCGCAGCUUUCCCCUGAUAAAAUCAUAGAACUGGAUGAGUAUGUGAGCAGAGACCUGUACACCUGGGUGGAUAAGAGUCCGGUGGUGGGAAUACUGCCCAAAGAAGGGAAGUUUGACGAGGUGUACAGUAAGCUGGCGGAUGCAAACCCGAACAUGGUGGUCUACAAGAAGGAAGACAUUCCCGAGCACUUCCACUAUCAACACAACAUCAGGAUCAUGCCCAUCCUCAUAGAGUCCAAGGAGGGCUGGACCGUCGUGCAGAACAGGACUGCCCCUUUCAUGCUUGGAAACCAUGGCUACGACAACACCUUGCGUAGCAUGCAGCCUGUGUUUGUGGCCCGUGGGCCGGCCUUUCGGCAGAAUUACGUCAAGACUUCCAUGCGCUCCGUUGACCUUUACCCUCUCAUGUGCCACAUCCUGGCCAUCCCCCCUCUACCAAACAACGGCUCCCUCUCAAACGUUCAGGAACUGCUGUCCCUAGAGCCAGCUCCAUCCACGGCACCCAGCACCCCUCCCAGGGCCAACGGGUAUUCCUACGCCCCCGUCGUGGGUUCUUUCAUCGGUGUGGUGAUGGUGCUGGGCUUUCUGAUGGUCUACAUCAGACAAGUGACGCUCAAACAGCUGCCCUCGCUAAAACACAGAAGCAGGGAGAUGUCGCAGCCCUUACUGCAAGAGGACUUGCACCUGUAGCUGAAGAAACAGAAGGGAUGGCAGACGUAAAAGAAGAGGAGGUGUUGCUCCCCAGGGUAGUCCGCUCUGUCCAGAAGCAUCCCCUAACGCCUCCCUCAUACGACUGAAUGCUUUCGUGCUGCUCUUUUUAUUAGUCGGAGAUCAAGGGAAUCUAGCAUAAUCAUGCAUAGAGGUACAUCUCGCUUGCUUGCGUGGAAGGGAAAUGUCUGGGGUUUGCUUCUGGUGCAGACUUAAUCAAAAUAAUAAACCUUUACAUGGGCUUCAUAGUGGCUUUGCUUUGAUUGUGAACUUUACCUAAUAUCAUCUCGUCAUUUUCAUUGUCACUUAUAAGUAAAAAGUCAAAGCUAAGAGUGAAAUUAUAACCUGUGAUUCUAGCAAGUAUGAACCUUUGUUGGCCAAAACCACUGACUUGGAUAACCUAAAAAAAGGCGUCAGUAUGCUCGAAACAAAACUUGUUUUUCUGAAGGUAAAGGAGUUAUUAGCUUAACAGCCACAGUCAAAGGUGGGGUGAAAAGCAAGCCAUCAUAGUGAGGGGCAAGAAGCAUAACUACACACACACUUUCAGACAAUAUUUCCUCGAUGGCAUUCUUAGUGUUGCACUCAUUUGCACGUAAGAAAACAGAAGUAAGGAAGUGUGAACUGAUGUAAGUUUUGGAGGGAAGGGGUUUCGGAUGUCACCGAUCCAAAAAGCACCAAGAAUCAUACUGACACCUUUACUCCCCGACAGUAACAGUGGUAUGGACGGCAGUAGAUGUCGUUUGUUCUGCACUUUCAAAUCUAUGCAAAACAGAUUUGUAUGUCAUGCGGUAAAGAAGAGACUAGGUCACGUCAGGGUUUCUUGCCACCAAUUGUUCUACUUGUGGUCUAAGCACUGAAUUAGAAGUUACUGGAAAUACAAAAGCUGUGACUACUCAAGUUUAAGUUCAAGUGAAAGUUUCAGGAGAUUGGCUGGAGUCAGUGUUAUUUUUUUGACUGUUACUUGGAAGCAGAUGUUCCACUAUAAACUCACUCAGUGCAUCAGGUUUCUGCUCAUAGGUGUAGGUUCAUCCCCUGGGCCGUUCACAUCACCAUCUUGCUCUUUAGUAGGAAGUUACCAUUUGCCUUUUAACUUAACGGAGAAUAUCUCUAAGGUGUGCAAUCAUUUGUGGGUUAUUUUUUUUUUUUGUAGUUUGUGUUUGGAGGGCAUUUUUUUUGUAUAGUUGACAGUUUAUUACCCCUUCAUAAGUCAUAAUAACCAUGGCCAUUUGUUGGUGAAAUGUGAAGUGCAAUUGUUAUUGGUCAGUAUUUCAUUUUAGGGAUUUUAAGGGUUUGGCUGUUGCUUGGUUGAGAAGACUAUUUCAGCAUGACUUGCAAGAACAGUUCCCCUGAUUUGCACUAUAGGAUAGAAAUGAAACGGAACGUAUUUGGAUGCUUUUUCGGUCAUGUAUAAUUUGCACUUCUUGUUCGUCGUUGCUAUUUGAAAUUAUAAAAAAAAAAAAAAAAAAAAAAUGUUAGGUGCCUCUUGCCAAAAAGCUUUUUAAAUAGCAUAAUCAUAGAAAGUCAAGUAGAAUCCAAAUCAGCAAAUAAAAUAAUAUUUUUCUCAGCAUCUUUUAAGAAACAAUUGGUUAAAUUUUCUCCUCAUGCUUUUAGAUGCUUUACUAAUACGUGUGCCCAACAAAAAGACAGAUAUCACUGUGAUAUAUACUUUUUACAAAAUUUAAAUUCAUAAAUUAAAAGCAUUUGUAUGGAAAUUGUUCAUUUUCUGAUAGUCUUGUUUUAUGAAAGACAAGUGUUGUCUGAUAAUUUCCCCCCAACUUGUAGACUGAGAAAUUAAAUGCAUCCAGAAUGUUUAAAUAAUUCAUUCAAAAUUGUUAAAAAAGAAUAACUAUCAGGUUUAUUUCUGUUGAUUAUUAACUUGAACUAUGGAGAUUUAAUAUGAUUUACAAAUUAACUAUCUUUGCCAUGUUGAUGCAAUUAAAGAGUCUUCUGAAAUUAAA